AAGCCCUUCUCUUUCCCAUUAGGGGUUUUAUCAUUUUUUAACAUCAUCACUCUCAUUUGCUCUAAAAUCAGAAAAAAGGUUCCUUUUUUAUUGUUCUAGAAUGACAAUUUCCUCGCUUGAAACCUGAUUCUCCAUCGGAUUCUGAUUAUCAAUCUCACAUUUCAAUCUGUUCUGAUUUCUGAGGAUGCCAGCGACGGAAUACCACAGAUCAUUCGGGAGGUCGUUACUGAAUUUGCGGCGUGACUCGGUACACUCGUCUGACUCGGCUGACUCGGCGACGGUGACCGACGGCGGAAACGAGUUGACCCAGAUGGAGGCAGAGUUGGAUUCGUUUCAGAGACAAGUUUCCGAGAGGUUUAUCGAUCUCAACGCCUCAGGCUCGGAAGAUCUACUGUCUCUCGAAUGGGUAGGGAAGCUUCUCGAUUCGUUUCUAUGUUGCCAAGAGGAGUUUCGCGCCAUUAUCUUCAACCAUCGCUCUCUGAUCAAUAAACCACCCAUGGAUCGAUUAAUCGCAGAUUACUUCGAUAGAAGCGUCAAGGCCCUCGACGUCUGUAACGCGAUUCGCGAUGGUGUUGAGCAGAUCCGUCAAUGGCAGAAACUGAUCGAAAUCGUCAUCGUCGCUUUCAACAGCAAGAGACCGCUCGGUGAAGGUCAAUUCCGCCGCGCGAGGAAGACGCUGAUCGAAUUAGCGAUCGGAAUGAUCGACGACAAGGAAUCGUCUUCGAGCUCAGUGUCGCAGCAUCGUAACCGUUCGUUUGGGCGGAACAAGGAUCAUCUCAGCCAUCGAUCAAUUGGGCAUUUCAGGUCGCUCUCUUGGAGCGUUUCGAGGUCUUGGUCAGCUUCAAAGCAGUUGCAAGCCAUAGGGAACAAUUUAGCUACGCCUCGAGCUAGUGACGUAACUGCGACCAAUGGUCUCGUUGUUCCUGUCUAUACGAUGAACUCGAUACUGUUGUUUGUGAUGUGGGCUCUUGUUGCGGCGAUUCCUUGUCAAGACAGAGGGCUUCAAGUGCAUUUCAAUGUUCCUAGGAACUUCUUGUGGGGAGGGUCUUUGAUGUCUUUGCACGAUAGGAUCAUUGAGGAAUCCAAGAAGAGGGAGAGGAAGAACAGUUGUGGGUUGUUGAAAGAGAUUAAUCAGAUCGAGAGGAGCUCGAGGCUGAUGAGCGAGUUGGCUGAUUCUGUUCAGUUUCCGUUGUCUGAGGAGAAAGAGACGGAAGUGAGAGAGAGGGUUGAGGAAUUGGCGCACCUUCAAGAAGCUUUGAAGAAUGGUUUGGAUCCGUUUGAGAGGAAAGUGAGGGAGGUGUUUCAUCGGAUUGUACGAAGCAGAACAGAAGGUCUUGAUUCUGUUGGAAAUGCAUCCUAGUUCUGAAACAUGGAGUAAGAGAAGCUAGAGGAUGUUUAAAGUAUCGUUGAAACAUGGUGCCAAACAUAUUCAAUGGGAAAUUUACGGUUUCGUUUGCUUGCAAAGAACAUGGAGUACGAGAAGCUAGAGGAAGUUUUUUUCGAUCUUUGUUGUUUACUUAUGUAUGAUUAUUCUUGCAAAGAUUGUUAUUUUAUGAAUUUGGAUGGUUCGGUUUACAUUACCAAGUUGUUGUUCAUUUCUAUUUGCUUUCAUUAUGAGUUACAUCAAGUAACUGAGGAAAUUAUAAUUGUUCUUGGAA